AUAUUGCGCAAUAUUCGGUUUGCGCAAUCUAAUUGCUCAUACGUGACAAGUUCAAUACUAUCAGUUUUAUGUAAUACAUUUUUACACGUUCCAAAUAUUCAAAUUAUAUCUUGCAAACAGUAUAUCAUUGUGUCGUCUAUUGGCGUCUUUGGCGAUACAGUAUUGCGCAAUCUUCUGUCAGUCGGUCUCCAACUGUCGUUUGAGGUAGAAUGUCGGAAGACUUCUCGGGACCUCUCGUUUUCGCGGGUGACAAAAAAGAAGAAAGAGAUUUUAUUAUUGAAUUUAUCUCGCUGUACCGUAGUCUUCCGGCUCUCUGGGAUGUUAAGUGUAUAGAUUAUAAUAACCGUGCAAAAAAGAAGGAGCAAUACGACGUACUUGUAAGAAAGUACCGCGAAAAAUACCCGAGUGCUGAGAAAGAAAACGUAGUAAAGAAAAUUAAUUCUUUGCGAACGAACUUCCGGAAAGAACUAAAACGGAUUCGCGGAGCACAAAAAUUUGGUUACGAUACCAAAGAUGAGAAACACCGGCUGUGGUAUUUUGAAGAAAUGAGAUUCCUUAUACCACAAGAAGAAACGAUCACUACUUCCUCCAUCAAAAUUGACGUAGAAGAUGUUUACAGCAACGAGGAUUGGACUGAUUCAACUGAAGACAGAGACCACGCAGAAGAUGAUGAAAUUCCUCGAAACAACAGCAAACGCGCAGCUCUAGAUUCUACUGGUGAACUUACAAAAUUUGCUUCCGAACGCCAUCAACAAACACAAGACGACUAUGACAAAAUUGCUGCAGCUUGGGCAGUCGAGCUCCGAAGGAUGGAUCCACAGCAGCAGUUGUUUGCGAAGAAGGCCAUCAAUGAUAUUCUUUUUGAGGGACAAAUGGGCACGUUGCAUCGUAAUUCAGUAGAAAUUAACGUUUUUCGUCCGUCCGAGCCGUAUUGUGUUCGUUCCCUCUCUUCAACUCCCCCUCAAUAACCUUUGUUGGAUAAUUAAAUCAGCAGAACUCUCCGGGCCGUACGUGGGUACACAUUUCUAUACUGUCAGUGCGGCGUUAAGGUGCCUGUACACGGGGACAGACGGGCAUU